GGGCGCAUGACGUAAAUCCGCUAACAGGCAGCCGCCAUCAUUGAUUCGAUCGGCGCCGCGGGGCGCGCAAGGUCUUUGCGCCGAGGUGUUUCCAGUUUCAAGAUGGUGGCCUAAGCUGUUUAGUGAAACUUCUACCGCUCUCCAUUCCCCUAGGUGUUUUUUUCUGAACCUGGAUGUGACGAAUUAAAGGAUCCGACGGAAAUAGAAUUGAAGGCAUUCUAAAAUGGCUAACCGUACAGUGAAGGAUGCGCACAGUAUCCACGGCACCAACCCUCAAUAUCUGGUGGAGAAGAUCAUUCGAACGCGAAUCUAUGAGUCCAAGUACUGGAAAGAGGAGUGCUUCGGGCUUACGGCUGAACUUGUAGUCGAUAAAGCCAUGGAGUUAAGGUUUGUGGGUGGCGUCUAUGGUGGCAACAUAAAACCAACACCCUUUCUGUGUUUAACCUUGAAGAUGCUUCAAAUUCAACCCGAGAAGGAUAUCAUUGUAGAGUUUAUCAAAAAUGAAGAUUUCAAGUAUGUUCGCAUGCUGGGGGCACUUUACAUGAGGCUGACAGGCACUGCAAUUGAUUGCUACAAGUACUUGGAGCCUUUGUACAAUGACUAUCGAAAAAUCAAGAGCCAGAACCGAAAUGGGGAGUUUGAAUUGAUGCAUGUUGAUGAGUUUAUUGAUGAACUAUUGCACAGUGAGAGAGUCUGUGAUAUCAUUCUGCCCCGGCUGCAGAAACGCUAUGUAUUAGAGGAAGCUGAGCAACUGGAGCCUCGAGUUAGCGCUCUGGAAGAGGACAUGGAUGAUGUGGAGUCCAGUGAAGAGGAAGAAGAGGAGGAUGAGAAGUUGGAAAGAGUGCCAUCACCUGAUCACCGCCGGAGAAGCUACCGAGACUUGGACAAGCCCCGUCGCUCUCCCACACUGCGCUACAGAAGGAGUAGAAGCCGGUCUCCCAGAAGGCGGAGUCGAUCUCCCAAAAGGAGAAGCCCCUCCCCCCGCCGAGAAAGGCAUCGGAGCAAGAGUCCAAGACGUCACCGCAGCAGGUCCCGAGAUCGGCGGCACAGAUCCCGUUCCAAGUCCCCAGGUCAUCACCGUAGUCACAGACACAGGAGCCACUCAAAGUCUCCCGAAAGGUCUAAGAAGAGCCACAAGAAGAGCCGGAGAGGGAAUGAGUAAUGGACUGUUUGGUUUUAGUCCACAUGGCCUCCUGUGGAUAUGAGGAUAUCUGUCUAUGUGAAAGGAUUAAGAUCUCCCCCAGGCAGCUAUAAAAAUAUUUUAAUUUUUUUCUUAUCAAGUUUCUCAACCUUUAUUUUUAAUGAAGGAGGUGCUAAGUUUUGUAUCUCUUUUUAAUCAUAAUCAACAUCAGUUUUUGACCCAACUAACCUUGACUGUAUUCGAACUUAUGAGUAGAAAGGAUCUGGAGGUUGGGGAUAUGAAUGACAAGGAAAGGAUGUGGCCACCUGAUGACCCUUUCCCUUUUUAUUAAACUGGACACACCUGUUUCCCAUUUCUCUGUAGUUUAGUUUUUGGUUUGUUGUGGUUGGAACUGCUUUGAGAAUCCUGGGAUUUGUGCUGCUGCUAUUAUUUAAAGAUCAAAGGAGUAAAACAUAGUAGCUCCUAACUUUUUCCCAGCAGCAGCAAGUGGUAAUAAACACGAAACCUGGUUAGCAGUUUUGAAAGAACAGAAUGCAUUCAAAUGUAAGGCUUCCUCUGGAUCAUUAAAGCCAGUUUCAUCCAACAGUUCAACAGAGAGCGGCACUUAAUACCCUUUAUACAGCCCAUUUUUUCUUAGUUUCAUUUGUUCUUGCCCACAAGCUUGAAAUCCAGGUUAAGGUAUCUAGCCUUUAUCAUAUAAGCAUUGACAUUAUCCAGGCCUAGUCAGUAGCAGUAGGGUAACAGGAUUGAAAAAGAUUUGAUGAAGAGGAAAGUAUCUAAUAUUAGUCAUGGUUUUGACCUCAAUUGCUAGACAAUAGUGCCACUCAAAGUCAGAAAAUACCACAGGAGGAGACAGCUUUUAGAAUGGCAGAGAAUUAGGGGAUUGUGGUAGUCAUGAAAAUUAUGCAUUCAGUUGAACAAGUUUGAGCUUUGGUAUAGCUAAAAACAAAAGCCCAUAAAGUUGGAGAUGGGGACCAGAGUUUAACAUAACAAUCUAGGCCAGAAUUGACAAUGUUUAAGUAAUUGUGGAAUCUGUCAGUAAGACUUCUAGAGUGUUUAUAUGUAUCAGAAAUGCACACAACAGAACCACAGGCAACACCAACACUGGUGACAGGAAGAAGCAGAAGUCACCUAUUGAAAACUGGAAUGGCCCAUUCAGAAAGACAGGAGAAUUAGGAGAGGUGAAAGCAGCCCAAGGGUCAAGAAUGCAGAAGCAAAGGAAGGACUAAAAAGCCUCCAUGGACAUUGAUAAUCAAGAGAUUAUUAAGAUCUUUGCUAGAAGCGUUCCUUUACUUGUACUUAACUACCUUUAGAAGAGAAAAGUCAAUGACAUCCUGCAACUAUAGUCCCAGUAGGAACUGUGAAGACCAGCUGCCCUGCAGGAUCCAGUUUUUCUUGGGAGGUCGUAUCUGGUCAUAAGGUAAACAUUCUAUGCAUUCUAUUGCCUGCUCCUGAACUGAAAGACUUCUGCAGCAGUAUUAAAGCAUUUAUAAUCUUAUUUGAGCUUUCAUAUUCUUCAGUGAUUCCUUUCAUAAUACCUGAGUUAAUAAAAGUGGUCUUAAAGAGCUCUUACGGUUUCUGAUACAACUACAUAGGACUACCUUUUAGGAUUAAAUAUAAGCAUCUCUGUGUAAAUGUAUUACAAUGUCCUAGCAGUUAUUUCUUUAUGAAAGUGAUCUAGGUAGAAAGAAAUGUCUUCUAGCUAAAUGACCCAUGGACCAACCAAGCUGUCAAUCCAGUACACUCUUAAAAUAAAACUUUAUCUUAAAAUACGUUUUAAGUAAAAAUAAACCCACACACAAAAAAAGCCCAACAAAUUUUAGUAACAGAAAUAAACCUCCCUAAACAAACAUUAAAUAAAACAUACUUGUUUAGACAUAUGGUAAAAUGUGGACCAAAACUGAGGUAUCACAGCCAACCAACAGCAGGAAAGGGAGCAUCCCUAUUCUUUAAUUAGAAUAAGGAGGUAAGAGGAAGGCAUGCUGAAUGUCUGUAGAUAUCGUUUUGAUAAAAUUACACAGGAGAUGGAGCUUAAGGACAAACCUUGCUGUAAGGCUCUUUCUGUCAUCUAUGUGCUUGCCUAUGGAUGAAGCAUUUUAAACUUUUUGACUAAAGCAUACAUUUUAAAAACGUAUUUUACAUCUUACCUCUGUACACGUAUCUAUGUACUGAGACAAAUUUCAGGAAAGAAUACUUACUAUGCAAAGUGAAUUCUGGUAUUUCCUACUUGAUAACAGUUUUUAAUUGGAUGCAAACCACUUAAUCGAUUUCACUUCCAAUAAUUUGAAAUACACUGCCUUAAAAGCUUUGCCCUAGGGCACAAUCGCCUUUUAAUAUUAAGAAAUUAAGGGAGAUGUGUUCCAAGGGGCAAAAGAAAUAAUGGAUUUUUGGCCGGGCGCGGCAGCUCACGCCUAUAAUCUCAGCACUUUGGGAGGCCAAGAAGGGCAGAUCACUUGAGGUCGGGAGUUUGAGACCAGCCUGGCCAAUGUGGAGAAACCCUGUCUCUACUAAAAAAUACAAAAUUAGCCAGGCAUGGUGGCACAUGCCUGUAAUCCCAGCUACUCAGGAGGCUGAGGCAGGAGAAUCGCUUGAACCCAGGAGGUGGAGGUUGCGGUGAGCUGAGAUCGUGCCAUUGCACUUCAGCCUGGGCAAAAAGAGCGAAACUCCAUCUCGGAAAAAAAAGAAAAAAAGAAAGAAUAGGUUUGGUGAGAGGGUUCCAAUAUAACAACCCAACUUAAAGCUCAUUCCUCUAACCUCUUCCUGUUAUUCUUCAGUAGAUCGAAGAGAGUGAUUAGAAAAGAAUUAUCACAGAUUGCCUACUCCCUCAGAAAGGUUAAUGUGACAAAUUCACACAUUCAAAAAAGAUAGCAGACAUGAACUUUUAAACAAGCACAGACAUUCAAAAGAGAUGGAAAAUAAGAUUGGUGGAGUUUCAAGGCCUUACUAGAAACCACAAAACAUAAAACAGCACAGAGAAGAUAAGUUGGAGAAAAAAAAUGGAAAAGAGAAAUAUAUAGAAUAAAAUAUUCUGAUGGUUUAAAAAGAAUCGGCUGGGCGCAAUGGCUCACGCCUGUAAUCCCAGCACUUUGGGAGGCCGAGGCGGGCGGAUCACGAGGUCAGGAGAUCAAGACCAUCCUGGCUAACAUGGUGAAACCCCGCCUCUGUUAAAAAUACCAAAAAACUAGCCGUGCGUGGUGGCGGGCGCCUGUAGUCCCAGCUACUCGGGAGGCUGAGGCAGGAGAAUGGCAUGAACCUGGGAGGUGGAGCUUGCAGUGAGCCGAGAUCACACCUCUGCACUCCAGCCUAGGCAACAGAGUGAGACUCCAUCUCAAAAAAUAAAAAGAAUUAAAUGGGGUCAGGAUGGUCUGAGAUCCUGUAACAAGGCAGCAACGAAGCAAAAGGCUCCAAAGAUUUGAGAAAAAGCGUGCCAGAAAUUUUAUACUUUACGAAGGCUAUAGAUGUCCUCAAGUUUGUAAAAACUUAAAAGUACAAAUCAUGA